AUGGAUUUUCUCGAGCAAGAGAAUCGGGCGCUCCGUGAAGAAGUGGCAGCAAUGCAGACUAAGAUGGACGAAAUGGUUGAAAUGAUGAAGAUGAUGGCAGAUAUGCGGACCCAAGAGCAAGCUCAGGCUCAGGCUCAUGCUCUAGCACAAGCUCAAGCACAAAUUCAUGCACAAACACAAGCUCCUCCACCUCCCACCAAUACUCAGGCUGAAGCAUCUUCCUCUGCUAUCCCUGAAUGGACAAUAUGUGCCGACACUCCGACACACUCUGCUCCACAGCUCUCCGUGCCUUGGUUCCCGCCUUUUACUGCUGGCGAAAUACUCCGUCCCAUUGCUUGUGAAGCUCAGAUGCCUACUCAUCAGGUGACUCAUGUCCCUCCGCCUCCUGUAAGAGCUCCCCCAGUUGUCAUGACUUACUCAGCACCUAUGAUUCACACUGCUCUACAAAAUGAAGAACCCAUCUUCCAUUCAAGGAGUAUGAAGGCCUAUGGUCAAGUGGAGGAUUUACAAGAGAAGUAUGAUGAGAUGUACCGUGAGAUGAAAGCUCUCCGCGGAAAAGAAAGAUUUGGAAAAACUGCUUAUGACCUCUGUUUGGUGCCAAACGUCCAGAUACCCCAUAAGUUCAAGGUCCCAGAUUUUGAGAAGUAUAAAGGGAACUCCUGCCCUGAGGAACAUCUGACAAUGUAUGCAAGAAGGAUGUCCGCGUAUGCUAAGGACGAUCAGUUCCUUAUUUAUUACUUCCAAGAGAGCUUCGCUAGUCCCGCCUCAAAGUGGUACAUGAAUCUGGACAAAACAAAGAUCCAAACUUUCCAUGAUCUGUGUGAAGCUUUUGUGGAACAAUACAAUUACAAUGUAGAUAUGGCUCCAGACCGAAGUGAUCUUCAGGCCAUGACUCAGGGGGUCAAAGAAACAUUCAAAGAGUAUGCUCAGCGGUGGAGGGAUGUUGCUGCCCAAGUCAGCCCACGUAUAGAAGAGAAGGAAAUGACCAAACUCUUCUUAAAAACUCUCAGUCAGUUCUACUAUGAGAAGAUGGUCGGAAGUACGCCCAAGAACUUUGCUGAAAUGGUUGGCAUGGGUGUGCAGUUGGAAGAAGGAGUCCGAGAAGGACGUUUAGUAAAAGAUGGAGCUUCUACCAGUGGAACCAAGAAAUAUGGCACCCACAUCCCGAGAAAGAAAGAACAUGAGGUUAGUAUGGUGGCCCAAGGAAGGCCUCAACAAACUUAUCCAACCUAUCAACACAUUGCUGCCAUCACACCUGCUGCCAAUAUUAUUCAUCCCCCAAAUAGCCAGCCUCAAUUCCCACAAUAUCUUUAA